GGAAAAUGUUUUACGGUUCAGAUAAAAUUUUUGAAUUCAGAUAGAUUUGCUUGAAAAAAGGUUUAUUUUGUUGCACUAAAUAGUGAUAGAAUGCUGCUUUAGUUUUGUUCCUAGGAGAGGAAUCCCUACAAAAUACUUGAAAAAUAUUUCAUAAAUAAUGAGCACAAUCAACCGAAACACCAAAUCAAAUCAACAUGAUCAUGUUGAUGUUCAAAAAAUGGACAACAAGCGUAUUACAACUUCUUCACCAAGAAGGAAAACAAGUGAUAAUAACUCCUACAACGGAAACUAUAACCAAACAAGUGAAUCGACAAACUUUCGAAAUAAUAGGAAACAAAACACCGAUUGUUCAGUAUCGUCUAGCGGAACUGCAGAUUUAUCUGGUAGCACGUGUAGCGACGGAGAUUCUUCAUCAACCUACGGAGAAUCCAAUCUGCCAUAUCCUGGUUUCACAGAAUUCUCGUUAAAAUACCUGGCCCAAGACACAAAACCUCGAAUAUGGUGUCUUAAGCUUAUCACAAAUCCAUGGUUUGAAAGAGUGUCCAUGUUGGUUAUUUUACUGAACUGCGUUACUCUAGGAAUGUACCAACCUUGUGUAGAUGAUGCUUGUGUCACAAAUAGGUGUAAAAUUUUACAGAUUUUUGAUGACAUAAUUUUUGCAUUUUUCUCUCUCGAAAUGACGAUUAAAAUCGUCGCAAUGGGUGCUUGGGGUAAAAGCACAUACUUAGCUGAUUCAUGGAAUCGAUUGGAUUUCUUCAUAGUCCUAGCUGGUGCCCUGGAAUACUGUUUGCAAGUUGAAAAUCUGAAUUUAACUGCAAUAAGAACGAUUCGAGUUUUAAGACCCUUAAGAGCUAUCAACCGCAUUCCAAGUAUGCGAAUUCUCGUGAUGCUGCUUUUGGAUACUUUGCCAAUGCUAGGAAAUGUGUUGCUUUUAUGUUUUUUCGUAUUUUUUAUUUUCGGAAUUGUCGGUGUUCAACUAUGGGAAGGAAUUCUUCGACAACGUUGUGUGAUUAAACUUCCAGAUAACGUUUCAGCACCAAAGCUGAUCCCCGAUGAAUACAGAGUUCGCGUUCGCGUUAAUUCCAUAUCUUUUUAUUACGAGUUUUCAAAGGAGCAGGAUUACAUUUGUUCAAAGCCGGAUGAUUCUGGAAUGCAUCUAUGUCAAAACUUACCGCCUUUUAGAAUUGGACCUUUGAUAUGCAACGAUUCAGCAGUGCCGUUCUCCGAAAAUUUACCAACUUCAAGAUCUUGUGUAAAUUGGAAUCAAUAUUAUACCAAUUGUACUCAACUAGGCAACAAUCCAUUUCAAGGGACUAUUUCCUUCGACAACAUCGGUUUGGCAUGGGUUGCCAUUUUUUUGGUUAUAUCGCUUGAAGGAUGGACUGAUAUCAUGUAUUACGUUCAGGAUGCGCAUAGUUUCUGGGAUUGGAUAUACUUUGUUCUACUUAUUGUGAUUGGGUCAUUUUUCAUGAUAAAUUUAUGCUUAGUCGUAAUUGCAACGCAAUUUUCGGAAACUAAGAAGCGUGAAAUGGAGCGGAUGCGUCAAGAAAGAGCCAGAUUUACUUCAACUUCAACGCUAGCUUCAAGCACUAACAACUCGGAACCCACAACUUGCUAUGCCGAGAUUGUCAAAUACAUUGGACAUCUAUACAGACGAUUAAAGAGGCGAAUCAUUAAGAAGUUACGACUGUAUAAAUAUCAAUACCAACAUAGAAAAGAAGGUUUGUUGCCUCAUACACCGGAAACAUUAACAUUAUCUCCAAAUAAAAUCAAAGCUCAUCAUCCAAAAUGCCCAAAGCUCCUAUCAAUAACAAGCAAAAACACGCUCAAAAAUAAUCUCGACAUCUCCUCACCGCUACCAAAAUCAGCCAAAUCAGCGCAUAUGAACAGCGAUAAAAAUCUUUCUUCGCCUGAUAUAUCGGAGAUGAUUUCCAUAGAGAACGUGAGAAACAAUUCUUUAAACAAUUGUACUAACUUUUAUGUAGAAAAACCUUUACUACUGAAAGUUCCCAACAACGGCAAUAUUCAAACUUCUCCGCACACCAUGAGCCCAGUUUCGUCAGGUAGAAAAAAAUCAUCUAUUUUAGUGAAUAAGUAUGUUGUACUUCAUGAACCUCCCAUUAUUCUAGAACCCACGUCGGAUAAAAACGUAUAUUGCUUAGAAAAAAUGACACAAACUAGUGAAGGCGGAAUUUGGCAGGUUAAUCUACCGCAAUCUAUCCAUGCAAUGACGAAUGUAUUUAAUGAUUAUUCUGAGCUAUGUUUGACCGACGCAAUGACAUGCCAAGAAUUGCUUGCUUUUUCUGUAGCAUUUUCGGCUGCACUACCUACAGGUCAAACAACGCUGGAAUCAUUUUACUCCACACUUACUAGAAAUAGAAGUAACGACAUUGACAAAUGCAAUGAUGAAGCUAAUGCAAUGUCACCAAUUCUCCACAAUUAUAAUGAUGAAAACUUGCCCCAGAAGUCAUCCAUUAUGGUAUCAAAAUGUUCUCAAAAUUCAUCUGCAGUGAACAAUUUGAACAACGAUGAGUUUUCCUGUUGUUACGAGCUAUAUAAAAACACUGGAAUGAUUGAAGUCCAUGGUAAAAAGCAUUCAAAGCCGUAUGAAUGUGCUGCAAUGACUUUCAAAUGCAUCAAAAAAUGCUUGAGAUGCUUAAGAAUAUUCAUCAAAAGAAUAGUAGAGCAUAAAUAUUUUCAACAAGGAAUAUUGUUGGCAAUUCUCAUCAAUACAUUAUCAAUGGGAAUAGAAUACCACAAUCAACCAGAAGAAUUGACAGCAAUUGUUGAAACAAGCAACAUAGUAUUUUCAGCUAUCUUCGCUGUUGAAAUGGUACUUAAAAUUAUUGCAGAAGGACCCUUCAGAUACGUGGCAAAUGGUUUUAACGUGUUCGACGGAGUUAUAGUGAUCCUAAGCGUUAUCGAACUCGGUCAAGCUUAUCUAGGGGAAGGUCAAGGAAGCUCAGGUUUGAGUGUACUUCGAACGUUUCGACUGUUACGAAUUUUAAAAUUAGUACGAUUUAUGCCAAACUUGAGACGCCAGUUAUUCGUUAUGUUAAGAACAAUGGACAACGUUGCUAUAUUCUUUUCCUUGUUAAUAUUGUUCAUAUUUAUAUUCAGCAUACUUGGCAUGUAUUUGUUUGGAGGUAAGUUUUGUAAAUUUGUCGAUGAAGCUGGGCAAGAGAGAGAAUGCACUUGCUCUGAAAUUGUCUCCAAGCAUCCUCUUUGUGAAUGUGAUCGGAAGCACUUCAACAACAUAUUGUGGGCCACAGUAACAGUUUUUCAAAUACUCACACAAGAAGAUUGGAACGUCGUUUUGUUUAACGGCAUGGAGAAGACAAGUCAUUGGGCUGCUUUGUAUUUUGUAACGUUAAUGACGUUUGGAAAUUAUGUUCUUUUCAAUUUAUUGGUUGCUAUAUUGGUCGAAGGAUUUAGCUCUGAGCGAAACGAACGUCGUGAAAGAGAACAAAGGGAGCUCGUCAAAGCAAAACUGAAUGCAGAAUCUUUAGCUGCUCAAGAACAAGGAAGUGACAUUUAUGACGAUCCCAGAAGUUUUUCUGAAUCAACAACAAGCGAUAGCUAUAACGAACCAAAAGGCAAAUGGUUUAGUGCCGAAGAACUGCGAAAGAUUAGGGACAUAAAAUGUAAUAUUCAAAAACAAAGGCUUCUCCAACCCGGAUAUGAUGAUGUUAAUUUAUCAAUCCCGAAGCUGAAUUCUGAGAAAGAUGUAAUAAAAUCAAUUGAGAUGGGAGCUACUAAAAAGAUGACAGAUCCCCCAAUUAUAACAACGACAGCUGCCACGCCGCAAGAUUCACCGAACGCUACUCUGGAAACUGGAAUCACUUUCAAAGAUUGGGAAAAUAUUGAUUUUGAGCAACUUGAGAAAAAUAGUAACAAUACUAGUCUAUUAAGACCACCGCCAAUUUUAGGUUCUUUGAAAGCAUUAGACGACAAGGCAUAUUUUGAAGGAACGCCAGUUUUGAAUGAAAUCAGAAGAAAAUCAGAAAAAGCAGCAUCAACGGAAUACAGAUCAUCUAGUGACAACAAGCUUUAUAAAAUUCAAACAGAGAAUAGUCCGAAAUCCGAAGCAUUGCUUCGUACCAACAGCAUCAAACGACGUAAAACGUCCUCAACCCAAGAAGUUCUGAAUAAUGGAAAGUGUUUGACUACUAGUAAAGGUCAAUCAGGCUACGAUCUUCGUAAAAAUGAUCCAUUAUUGCAACGUAGUAACAGGAUACAAAAUGAUACUCAACGUGACAGAAAUCGAUCAAAAAGGGAAUCUUUCAAAAAAACUUCUUCUUCAAAAAUCGAUAGUGGUCCCGGAAGUAUAUCAAGCAACAUAAGUGCAGGAUCGCAAUCAAAAUUCGCUUUUAUUGAUAAAAACAAACAUUAUUACGAUAGAAAAAGUUCAUUAAGGUUGAGCGAUAUAAAAUCACCAAACAACAAGCGAAGAAUGUCUGCCUUUGAGCAAACUUAUCAGAAACCGUCUAGAAUCAAUGCAAAUAAUUUAGAAAUUCGGAAACUCCAAGCAGAUCUAACCAAAAACAAAAUAAACAACUCAUCAAAUGCCACCGAUAUAUCUAAUAUGUCAAAAGAACAAACAGGAACCAAACCGAUAAACAGAAAAAAGUCCAAAGGCCGUUUGAAGCAGUUCUUCCGAUAUGUUACACCACAAAAUUUUGUAGAAGAACGCGAUGCUUAUACCCUCUACGUUUUUCCUGAGAAUAAUAGGUUUCGACAAAUAUGUACGUGGUUUGUGAAUCAGAAAUGGUUUGAUAAUGUGAUAUUGCUUUUCAUUGCAUUGAACUGUAUAACACUAGCUAUGGAAAGACCAAAUAUUCCGCCAAAUUGCAAUGAACGAUACUUCUUAUCAACAGCAAACUAUGUCUUCACAGCGGUAUUUGCAGUGGAGAUGUUUAUAAAAGUCGUUGCUUCAGGAAUGUUUUAUGGAGCUGACGCUUACUUCACGUCUGGUUGGAAUAUAAUGGACGGAUCACUUGUUAUUAUUUCAAUAAUCGAUUUAUUGAUGUCUCUUAUCAGUGAAUCGAGUCCACGAAUAUUUGGUAUUUUAAGAGUAUUUAGAUUAUUAAGAUCGCUAAGGCCUUUGCGUGUAAUAAAUCGAGCACCUGGACUUAAACUUGUAGUUCAAACUCUAUUAUCUUCACUAAGACCUAUUGGUAAUAUAGUGCUUAUAUGCUGCACCUUCUUCAUAAUAUUUGGAAUCUUAGGAGUGCAGCUCUUUAAAGGUACUUUUUAUUACUGCGAAGGAGAAAAUAUUAAAGGGGUAAGAAACAAAACGGAAUGCAAAAAAAUUGAAGGAAAUGUUUGGAUCAACAGGAAAUAUAACUUUGAUGACCUUGGAAAAGCUCUUAUGUCAUUGUUUGUAUUGUCAUCUAGAGACGGCUGGGUUAAUAUAAUGUACACAGGCCUUGACGCCGUGGGAGUAGAUCAACAGCCCAUAGUGAACUACAAUGAAUGGCGUUUAUUAUAUUUCAUUGCAUUCAUACUUCUCGUUGGAUUUUUUGUUUUGAACAUGUUCGUCGGGGUCGUUGUAGAAAAUUUUCACAGGUGCCGAGAAGAGCAGGAAAAAGAAGAGAAAAUUCGAAGAGCCGCUAAACGAGCAUUGCAGAUGGAGAAAAAACGAAGGCGUAUGCACGAGCCACCUUAUUACACAAAUUAUUCGCCACUAAGGAUGUUCGUACAUAAUGUUGUAACAUCCAAGUAUUUUGAUUUAGCAAUAGCUGCUGUAAUAGGCUUAAACGUGGUUACAAUGGCUAUGGAAUACUACAUGAUGCCAUUAGCUCUUGAGUAUGCUUUAAAAAUAUUCAAUUAUUUUUUUACUGCUGUUUUCAUAUUGGAAGCGAAAAUGAAACUCGUUGCAUUGGGACUAAAAAUUUAUCUGAAAGACAAAUGGAACCAGUUGGAUGUUGCUAUUGUCAUUUUGUCCAUUGUUGGAAUCGUACUGGAAGAAUUGGAGACAAAUAUAAUUCCUAUAAAUCCAACUAUCAUAAGGGUCAUGCGUGUUCUACGAAUUGCUCGUGUUCUUAAAUUAUUGAAGAUGGCAAAAGGUAUAAGGGCGCUUCUAGACACUGUCAUGCAGGCUUUGCCACAGGUUGGAAAUCUUGGACUUUUAUUUUUCCUUUUGUUUUUUAUAUUUGCCGCUCUGGGAGUCGAACUAUUCGGACGGUUGGAAUGUUCAGAGGAGGUACCAUGCCAAGGACUAGGCGAACACGCUCAUUUUGCAAAUUUCGGAAUGGCUUUCCUGACUCUCUUCCGUGUCGCUACAGGAGAUAACUGGAAUGGGAUAAUGAAAGACACUCUUCGAGACGAUUGUGAUGAUGCUGCUGAUUGUGUCAAAAAUUGCUGUGUCAGUACAAUAAUUGCUCCUAUAUUUUUCGUUGUUUUUGUAUUGAUGGCGCAAUUCGUGUUAGUCAAUGUUGUAGUGGCUGUUUUGAUGAAACAUUUAGAAGAAAGUCAUAAACAAAUGGAAGACGAACUCGACAUUGAAACUGAACUAGAGCGGGAAUUCGAGAGGGAACAAGCAUUUGAAGAGGAUCAAGCACUAUGUCUGCAGCUUGAAGACAGUAAAAAACAAAUCCAGAAACGACCUCUUACCAAAGUGUCUUCUCUACCUUCUAAUUUUACAUAUAGUACACCGAUUCUCGAGAAAAAAAUGAACAUUCAAAGAAGACAAACUAUACAAUAUUUUCAUCAAAAUUUGGGCUUAUCAAUCUGUAAUUCUUUUAGUAACAAUAACUCGUACGAUGAAUCUGCGGAAAACAAUAUUUCAAAUGAUGAAGAAGAUGUCGUAACUUCAACAAAUAUGAACACUUUCACAAAGACCAAUAGCAAAAAAAUUCACAUUAAUAAAUCUCUUUUCAAUAAAAACAUAGAGAAGCGAGCAUCAGUCGAUGAAUUCAAGAAACAACAAAACUCAAAAGAUGAUUAUUUAAAAAAUAACAAGAAUAACAAUGCAACUAAGGCUAGCAGUAGUUGGAAAGAACGCCAGAAAGAUAUAUCAGUAGUGGAAAAUGAUAACCUUAAAUUGUCUUGUCCAACAAUCAUUUCAUCUGGCAAAACUAUAUCGAGGAAUAGUAAAACAGAUUAUCGUCAAUUAAGUCUCGAUUGUGAUUUAAAAACAAGUAUUGUACAGGAAAAUUCCAAUAUACAACCUAUUAAUCCUUUAGGUCACUUGAAUCCUUCAACAACAGGAAAUAACGGUCAAUCAACACUUAACAGUAAUAAAACAUUUCUUUCGGUGCCGAAAUUACAAUCGAAAAGUCGCUCAGGUAGUACAAAACAAUUAUUCAAACAAGCAGCUCUCGAUGAAGAUAACGAGAUAAACGAAAACUCUUUAUUACUUCCUUCGUCAUUCACUCAAGAUGUUGGCAGUGGUAAUGAUUCAGCUAAUUUUUUAACUGUUCAUAAUGAACAUUUAGAUCUAACAGGAAUGGUAAAAAAGUCUGAAUCAUGUGAAAUUCUACGCAUUAUAUCAGAACGCCGUAAAUUGUGAACAGCUGCAUGGGAAUGACAAUUUAAAUUUUGGCGGUUAGAAAACGAUCGGAAUACAUCAAGGCCUAUCGACUAAAUUCAAGAUGGAUAACCGCAAUUAGUACCUAUAAAAGAUAUCUUUAUUCUUUGGUAAAACGAGCUUUGAAAAUUUAGGUUAUUUUCAGAUUUUGGUUCACAUUCUUCCCAACACACUGUUGAUUAUCAAAACAAAAGUUUGAACAUUGUUAAAUCAAAACUUCUUUUAUAAAAUCUCAAUACUUACAAGCGGUAUGUGUGAAAUAAAUUUUCACUUGGUCUUCGGAAGAAAGUUUCCUAUGAUUUUCAAGUACUCGAACUUUUAUGACUAAUUUUAUUUGUAAUUGUACCGAUACACAAAAAAAAAAAGAAAUCACGGUGUUGAGCGUCAUAAAAUAGGAUCGAAAUUCAGCACUUCAACUUUUUUCUUGUAUUUUCUAAACUGACACGUUGAAUCAUUAACCAAUGCACAAGAAAUUUCGAAAAUUCACUUGUGACUCUAGGUUUUUUUAAAUAUUCAGCGUCUUCAAGAUAAUAUUACAAGAAAGCAAGUCAAUCAAAGCAGUGUAAAAUUUAGAAAAAAAAUUCAGAAGUCAAUUUUUUUUUGUUAUCAAUAUGAAUAAGAAACAUGACAUAUGUAUUGCCUAAUUUUCCGACGGGGUUGUUUGCACCAACUCGUGAGUUGGCUCAACAGAUUAUAUGCUAUCUUGAUAUUAAAAUUGGUUUAGAAUUGUCUAAAGACAUCUUUGACCAAGUUUAAAUUCGUUGGUUACAUAUUUCUUAUGUUUUCUUCUGAGUGACCUAUUUUUUUUUCCAACAACUUUGUCGGAGACGUAAAGGUUCUCGCAGGAUUAUGAAAUAAAUUUGAAUUUUCAUCUUAUUACUUGGGAGAUUAAUCUCUAAAUUUUAACACACCUUGUUGAACUAGAUCAAAUAAAAUAAACUUUUGCGAUUACUGUGUCUAUGAGACUAUGCGGGACGUAUGUAUGUAUAAAAUAAUUAUUAUGACCUAAAUUUACUAAGAUUAUCAAUUUUUGCGAAAACUUAGAAACAUACAAUAAAAAUCAACAAUAUAUUGUUAAUGAUCUCACAUUAUCAUGAUAACUCUUAAUGAGUAAUGACUUCUCAUCAUAUUGAUAGUUAAGCAUAAUUUUGUAGAUGGUAAAGCCUUGAUUAGGGUCAUUUUCAAGGCACGAUUAGAAGUAAAUCUCAAAUAAAGAUAAGGGUUCCGUAGGUACGUGUCGCAUUUAAAACCAAAUCCGAUUUUUAGAAUUUCAAACUUGGUGAAAAAAAGGAAUUUCGCGAAAAAAGUCCCAAAACUUUAUCGUAAAUAUAUAGGGAAGAGUGGGGUAUCUUAGUCCAAUUUUCUUUUGCUCCAGAAUUUCUUUAUUAUAAAUGAUAAACUUAAAUAGACAGAUAGUAUGUUUUUCUACAUUUUUAACGUAUGAUUUGACAAUAAGGUUUUAUUUUCUAAUAAAUUUAUGUUCCCGAGUUUUCUCUGUUUAAAAAAUGGAAAUUUUUAUGGAUUUUGAAAAAUAACGGUGGGGAAUCGGGGGCCACAAAAUCCAAAAUUAUCAAAUAAUAUACAAAUUUUACACGACGAGGCCGAUUGCCGUGUGUUCAAGGAAAUUUGUGUGCCGUUGUCAUAACAAUCAUUUAUUGUGAGUUUACUAUUGCUCGGAAAUAUAAUUAUGAGUAUUGAUACUCUUAUACCAAAGGAAUUCGUUAAGUUUAGCCAACACGUAUUGAUUUUGUUGAAAAACAAAAGACAUAAAAGUUUUCUAAUUCUAAAGUACUAUGAGUUUGAAUGCCACGAAAAGGGCUCCGUCUCGAAUGAGGAUUGACCCAAAAAUUAAAUUUCUCAAUUCAUUUAGUAGUAUCACAUCAGCAAUUUCAGGUGAGGAGAUAAAAAAAGGGAAUUGUGUAUCAUCGAAUUAUUUCAAAAACCUAGCUCGCGAAUGUUUUGGCAAAAUUCCUUAUAUAGGAUUUUGGUUCAACUCUAUAGCAUUCAAUAAAAUGAUAGAUGACAGGAUAUUUUUCAUAACUCUUCGUUUCGCAUAAGAAUACUUUACAGGUAGGAAAAAUGUAUAUAAAGUUUUAAAUAUGUACAAAAACACCAAAAUAUAGGUGGUCCAAAAUACCCCACAUUAUGAGGCCCAUGAUUCCCCACAAUCUAUGAUUUUUAAAUUGGUAGGGUUUGAGUGACUUAUUGAUAUUUCAUGAAAAAUUCCUUUUUCAUGUGAAGAAGCAAGACAAAACUAAGAUCAUAAGCAUAUGGCAUAUUUUUGUUAUGAUCUUUAGUUUUCCCACUGAUGCAAUUUGCGGGUGCUUGUUUUAUUAUGUAUCUAAGUACAUUUUUUGGGCCUGUUCAAUAUAACAACGGAGAUGGCAAACCAUCACGCCAAUGCUAAUCGUUAAGCCGCUUUUCAAUGUUGCCAAACAGAACGUUUCAUAAGUUUAUAUAACUCAUAUCUCUCUCAGGUCAUAGUAAAUAUUUUCUACUUCUACCACAGUCUCAUAUAGAUGCCCAAUAAGACGGCCCAUUCAUUCUCAUGAAAUUUGAUAUGCCCGCCCUAAACUGACACGAUCCACAAUCAACUGGUGUGAUGAUUGAGGAACUCAUUAGUAGAUGAAGAAACUACUAAGAUGGCUACAUAUUAAACUGCAAACUGGAAAAAAGAAUUUAACGAUUGAAUUUUCCGCAUUUUUUACUCUUUAUACGCGGUAAUCAAGCAAGUAUUAUAUUAAAUGAGAUACGCUUGGAAAUUAAAGAUACAUAAAACCACACAGACACCCAGAACUAAGUAGAUAUCUAGAAAGUGGUCCUAUUCAUGGAUUUUAUCUGACCCAUUAAGCUUUUAUAACAUUACUAUUAUUCACCUUUUCCAAAAAUCUUGAAAUGUUUCGAGUUCUUCAAUCCUUAAUAUAUUAACCAUUCAGCCAAAACUUUACUUCGGAAAUCGGGCUUCCUACUUCCGACAAGGAAAAAUUAUGUAGUAAAAUAUAUAAUGUAUUUAUGUGUUCUGCUGUCACUUGUCAGUUCACCGACGACGUUUAUAAAAAUUGAUUUAAAUUGACAAUAUAGUAUUACAAAUUAUAGUAAUCAAAUUUUACAUUUUUCUUCCGAUUCGUAAAUUGUUGUUCAAUUAGUGGUUUUAUGCGAGAAUCUUUCUUCGGAAAUUUUGAAACCAAAAUAAAUAUGUUUUAAGCUUCAAACCAUACAGAAAUAAAAUAAACUAUUUUACAAACUGAUAUUACUCAAUCUUUUGGUUUAAAAAUCUUUUAAAUUGAAAUUAGGAGGUGGUAAAAGAUAUAUGAAUUGUGUCCAAAUUUAAAAAAAACUUAGAUAUCAUUUACUAAUAAAAAUCAUAUCUAUUUGAAUAAUCCAUUGAUAAAAAUUUGACAUAGAAUGUAAGGAAUGAAUAAACUUUUUUUAAUUUAUUUAUGAAAUAUACUUAAAUACCAAUCACUACUGUUAUAUUCACCAAAUAUUUACAGACCAGUUUCACUAUAAACAAAAAAAAAUUAUAACCUGAAUAACAAUGAAAAUGCUAUAUGUUUAUUUACAUUUAUUUUUCGAAGGAUUAAUAUGACCCGAAUCCAAAACGGUUAUGAAAGAUGAGUCCGUACUGUUAACUUUUUUUUAACUACAACAGCUAUCAGGAAAACGAUAACGAUAACAGUUUAAAAUAUUUUGCAAAAGUUGUUUGUGGACAUUUUGGGAAUGUCAAAAUUUUACUAUUUACAAUGAUUUGGCAUAGACAGAAAGGAUGCCAAAUCGAAGCUCUGUUAUGUCAAACAAAGUUUACUGUCACAGUGAUACGUAAGAAUCUCAACAAAGGAUUGCGAAAUGUAUUUCAAACUAUUUCAACCUAUCUAAAAUUCAUUUGACAAUUAAAAUACCAAAAACAAUCCAAAAAUUAGGUUUUACUGACCGUUCUAUAAUUUGAAAUUGAUCAGGAACUCGAUAAAACUUACCAUACAAUAAUCCUCCAGCCAAAAUGACAAAAAUAUUACUGCCAAUUUUAAAAAUUCAAAUGUAAAUGAAUAGGUGCAUCCAAACUUUUUUAACGCUUAAUUAACUUCAUGGGCGAUAGUUAUUGCAUUUAAUUCGAAAUUGGCAACCUGUUAAAAAGUUGGUGAAUCUCUGUAUGUUAUUUAUAAAUUCAGUUUUUACCGACAGAUCGGUAAAAAUUCAUUUUAGAGAAAUAUUUUUUUUAACUUUCAUACAGUGAACGAAAUAAGAAUAGUAGCGUCGUUUAACUGUUAAAAAUUUGUUAUAAAUCGUUCAACCGAAAAGAAAAGCAUAAGUUUCAAAUUUUCCGAAGAAUUAAUUGGCGUUGAGGGCCAAAAGUAUGAAAAAUGAUGCCAAAUUAAAGUAGUAACACUUAUGAAUUUCUACAAAAUUAUUAUUAUUGUAUUAUCAUUAUUACCUGUUAUUUCAUUUUAAAUUAAAUAAAAACUGUUUUCUACGUUUUAAAACCAAAAAAAGUGAAUAACGAAUAAGCAAAGUUAGGUUGGUUUUUGGAAAUUUUUGCUGUUAGUAAAAAUGUAAUUUCAAAAUCCUAAAAUAUUUAUUUUACGAAGGCUCGUAAAGAAACAUUUUUCCUGAUAAUAUCAAAGCUUUUAAAAGCAAACAGGUUGUUUUACGUCAAAUUUCAAGUUUUUCCUUUUACUUAUGUAUAGUGUAAGUGUUAUUUUUAUUGCCAUUUUGUGAUAAUUUUUUUAUCUAUCUCUAUAUAUAAAAAUGAAUGUUUGUCUGUCUGUCUGUUCCCUAUAGACUCGAAAACUACUGAACCAAUCAAGUUGAAAUCUUGUAUGUAAGAGUUUUUGGGGUCGGAGAUGGUUUCUAAAAUGUAUGUACAUAUGUAUGUAUGAAGUUGAACCCACCAGUGGCUGAUAGGUCUUUCGACUCGAGGCGGUACGGGAAGUCUCGAUCGCACAUUCAAAUAUUGCUCAUGCUUAACUCAUCAACAAUAUUUGCAACACAACCGAGGGGUCCGUUACCAGUGGCUUGCGGCAGGUUUGACUCAUCUUACUCCCUUCAAACUGUUCGAAACAAAUAAAGAAUUCUUAAAAGGUACUUUAGUAACCUACUCAUGAUUCUAAAUUUGCCGAGAUACUCCGGUUGGCUUAAACCCACAAUCCAGGUUAAAAAAAGAGUACUCAGAUUUGGAAUCAAAACUAAAAAUUCAGAUACAACUAAGUUUUCAUAUCAAGAUUAAAAUAUCAAUGGGAGAAUUUUAUUGGAUUUAAAUUACAGGCGAUCGCAGUUUCAUUAUUUUGAUUGUGGAUUCGAAAAUAAAACUUUAUAUUCAAUCAGUGUCAGUAAGGAACACAAUCCAACAGAAGUCAAAAAUAUAAAAUACAAAAUUAGAUUUUUGGGACACCUCGAUUUUUUUAUGUAUGUAUGUAGAUAAUCCACCAUGGGUGCACGGAUUCACCGCAGUUUCGCCAACGUAUGCGUUAAUUUGCAUCCUUUAGAUUUUUAGUUCGGCCAAUCUUCAAUGCAAAUCAUCACAUACCCGACACCAUGGCUUCGUGUGAACUGACAUGAAAUGAAAAUGUUUCGUGUAGGUGUAUGUCUUACUUGUAGAACGAGCAAACUGUUUCGCAGCCGUAUAAAAUUCAUAACAUAUUUAGAGUUAAGAAUCUCCGACAGGUAUUCCGCAUCCGUGUAAAUACCUGCCCAGCUGGCAACUUUUUGUACGUUCUUAUAUAAUAUAAUCAAUCAAUGAAAUAUUUGUAUGGUAAAAUAAUCUUACCUUUUUACCUGUCUUACCUCUAGACACUCUCAGCUUAUCUGUAGCUGGAACCCACCUUGUUUAAUUUCAUAAAGUUGAAUCUAACGAUCCAAAUGAUAGAAAGUUAUCAAGAAGGCAUGACUAAUUCCUCACAAUGAAAAUUGCCUCUCUGCGGCUGAUAGGCAUGUUAUUGAGAAAAUGAAAACGAAAGAAGCAGAAGAAACGAGAAAGAAAAAAGAUAAUCGGAAAUGCCUCACCGGGUUUGGUUUGAGUUUUUUUUCCAUCGCUUGCUUCGAUCCAGAAUAUGCGCCUACGCCAUCCUACACAGUAAACGCGCAUGCGCAGAUGUGCGUUCUCUGUUUUUCGCGUUCCAAAUUUGUUUGGACUGAGGCAGACAUGUUCGGACAUGUCUCGGCGAUUCAUUCUCGGAUGGUAAAAGACAUCACUUAUUUCACUCAUAAUAACAGACACUUAAAUCAAUUUAAAAUUUCUGCCCACAACACUCAUCGGGAAUCGGGAAUAAUUAAAAUGUUCCGAACAUAACUUUUUUGACACCCAGUUCACUACCGAUAACCAUCAUCGCGACGCACCGUAGAAUAUUCUGCAUAGUUCAAAUAUUAAAAUGAACCCAAUUUCUUUAAAUUUUCGUAUAUUUUUCUUAAUGAACACACGAUUCAAGCCAGCUUCACUAAACUUCAUCUAACUAUCGGGAAAAAAAUUCUUUCUUUCAUGACUUUGCAAUUUUUACCACCAAUAUCAGUUCGCGAACGAACCGGAGCAAAACAAAACGAACCGCACACGGCGAAAGCACGAUGAAGGAUGUCCUUUGGGACACCUCGAUUUUUUUAUUUAAUUUUAUAUGAUUUGUUUCAUUUAAUAAAGUAUUGUUAAUAAUAAUUUGUGGUCAAAAAACUUGUUCUUCUUUUUCAAGACAAGAUUCAAGUGCAACACAUUUAACUGUUUUUUUGUUUAACAUUAUUUAUAUUGCAGAUGCUUCUUAAAUAAAGAUUCAAACUCAAAUCUUUAAUUGAUUCGAGUUUACAUGAGUAGAAAAUAAUUCAAAUUUGAGGCGCAAACUUAAUCCCUUACUUUUAUUUUUAAAUAUUUGAUAAAUUGCAACCAUUGGUUAAAAAGAAUUCUUUCUAAUUUAAGAAAAUAUAGAAAGUUUUCAUUAAAUGAAAUCUUCAAAUCCCUUAUUUAUUUUUUUAAACUUUUUAAAAAUGGCAAUUUCUAUAAAUAUUUUCGAGAGUUCGAAAUUAAAAUAAAUACCUUACUAUUAAUCUAAAACAACUUAAAGUUGAACAAUUAUAUGGAAUCUAAUUUUUUUAUGUACAGAAAAAAUGUUCUAGGAAAAAAAUUGCCCUCCCCCCAUGAGUCGGUUCUUCCUACGGCCCUGGUGGAGGCAUACAACCCUAAAGAAAAUUUGUCUAAUGUGCAAUAUACCUAUUUGAUAAAUUGUCUAAUGUGCAUGAUGUGUUGAAUUAUCCUUCACAGCAACCGGUGUCUUUGUAUAGGAAGUUUUUCCAAUACCUUUUUGUUGUGAUCUUGUGGCUUGGUGGUAUGGGCGUGAGCAAGCGCAGCAAUAUUUGAAAACGUAUGCACAUCAGUCAAAUUCAGAGCUAUUUGUCAACUUUUGUUCACGUUAUAUUUGAUAAAGCGGCUACUGAGAUUGAAAUUAUUUUUUUCAUAAAUUCUUGAUCUUAAUUUGCAAUUUAACUCAACCGCCUAUGUCCUACACCUACAAUGAUUGUUAUGCACAUGUUGCUUUCAUACAAAGUUAAUAAAUAAUAUGACAUAAUUCGAUCAAUUUUCGGAAAGUAGGGGAGAUGAGGGCAUAACGAGCACCCGAGGCAUAAUGAGAAGUACGCUUUUCUACGAAAGUGCGUAUUUUCUUAAAUAAAUUUUCAUGAGGAUUUGUUUCGUACUUCCUAUAGUAUUAAUUUUUCACAAAAAAAGGAAUCUCCUUAUCAUCUUUACAGAGAUAUUUAAAAAAAACUAGCUUAAUUCUCAAGUUACGAAAAUAUUAUAAUUUUUGAGCACCACGAAAUAAGCUCUUAUGAUCUUAAAAUAACCUUGAUCUAUAAUGUACGCACUGCAACAUGAUGUACACAUUGUUUCUCAAUUUUUACCAUCAUAAAAUUUUUGAUUUUUCACUUUUAUCAAUUUUAAAACACGUUUCUACUUAAAUUUGUUGACUAGAGGCAUAUAGAGCACCAUAUUAUCGAGGCAUAAUGAGCAUUUUCUGCCGUAGAAUCUAGCAGCGAAUUAAAAUUGAUUUAUAGCGCCACACCUUGACUAGUUUUCAUCCGACAAUUUAGCCUAUUGGUAAGGUGUCGGAGAGGUAAUCAAAAGACUAGAGUUAGAUUUCUGUUCGAGGUGAUUUUUUUCCAUUCACAAUUCAUGAUCACUUUUUUUAUUGUUACACUAUACGGCUAGUAGCAUCAUCCUCGGAACAAAGCACUUAAUGUAUGAGCGUGCGUGAAUUGUUUGUAUUCUACAAACAGACCUAGAUUAUUUUGUUAUUGCUUUGUUUGAUGAAUCUACGACUCACCUGACUUCAUCGAAUUGAAUUCGCUGCUAAAUUCCCCGGCAAAAACGCACAUCUUGCUCUGAUUAAUGGUGCUCAUACUGCCUCAGGGGGGGUUCUCAUAAUGCCUCCACAGUGGUUGGUUUUCAGCUUUUGGCAAAAAUUUUUAAAAUGCAUUUUUUAACGUUUUCAUCUAGUUUUUCACGUUUCAGCCCGUUAGGGAAUAGGCUUUUCAAGUGUCUGAACACGAAACAAUAAUGUAACCUCCAUAUUAUAGCUAUUUUCUAUGGUUAAAUAACCGUUUUCCUUAAGGUGGCCAUUAUGCCCCCAUCUCCCCUACUGAAUUAAUAAACGUGAACUUUGAUGAAUAACCGUUUUGAAGACCGGGAAUAGUUUCCAUGAUUCUUUCAAACUCUUCUAUAUCCAAAAAUUGGGGGUUCCUAUAGAAAUUGCCAAAAAUAUUAUAAAAUCUUUGAUAGAUUUUCUAUUAAAUAAUGAUAAACGUAAGCCUUUUGACAUAAUUGACGACGAUUUAUUGAAUUGACAAAUAUUUUUUUACAAAAUUGGAUGAUAUAUUGUAUUGCUUCCUAUAUUCUCAUAUUCAAUAAAUCUAUCAAACAUGUUAUUGAGCAGACACGGAUGCCACAAGGAUGGUAAAAUGUCGUAAAUGAUAAAAUACUUGUUUUUGACAAAAUCAAUGUCUGAGUUUUGUUUAUAAAGUCUGGCACACUUUUUGUUGUGUGCGAAUUUGCCUGUAUUUAGAAAUUUCUUCCGCCUUAAAAAGGGGCGAUUUUGUUUUUAUAUUUAUAGGGAUUAUUUAUUGUAUUGAUGAUCCCUCCUACUAUGACUCCUUCAACCUUCAAACAUUCAAGUUACGUUUAGACUCAAGACAAUCUAAAAGCUAAAAUGCCUUGAAAAAUAGUUCCCUUUUGAAUAAUGUUGACAUUUUAUUUUAAUUAAAUUUAGUUAAAAUAAUUUUAACCAAUUUGAAUAUUUCAAUGGAAGGGGUAGCAAAGCACACCGGGUCAGCUAAUAUUUAAAAAAAUCUUAUGGGAUUAUAAAUGUUUCGAAAAAAAAAACGUAAAAAAUGCAAUUUGGACUUUGCUUUAUUUCAUGUUUUUAUGCCUUCUUUGCUAAAUUGCACCAUGACAAUAAUGUUGAAGAUGUUGGGACACGUUUAACCAUGUUGAUCAAAAUUACCCCGAAACAUGAAAUCUGAUUUUGUGAUGAAUAUUUAAUUUAGGCCAAUAAGGUCGUUUAAAUAUUUUGCAAUCAUUGAUCAUCUUUUAUACUCCUUUCCUCAUUUAGUAUUUUAAAUAUAUAAGGUGUUGCGAUAAAGCAAACCUUUUCAAAAUAUCCAAAAUUGAAUGAAAAAGAGAUCAAAGUUCCCCCAGUUUACGGUACUAUUCUUGUUUCGCUCACUGUAGAUAGUAGAAAGAUCAAAAGAAAAUUAUAGGAGUUGAAGAGAGCGAGAGCUUAAAAACUUGUUAGGAUACUCUAUUAUUUUUUUGUUUCGAUUAUAGUCAUUUUACCAUCUUGAUGGCACUUGCGACUUUAUCAACGUUACAAUUGGCGGAUCGUUAUUGAAAAACUUAUCCGGUAAAACUGUGUUCGAUGUUUACUCUUGGGCUUGAGAACUCGCAGACAUCAGCUCAGGAGACAACAGACUUGACAACUAACAUACACUAUAUGUACUUUAUUCUGCUAUAGUUCACUAUUUAGAAUAUGGAGGGCGGGAUAAAGGUGACGCAACCUUAACAUAUAGGACGAACUUAAAUUGGUUCGAAGCACACAUGUCACGAAAAUGAUUUCUCCAAACGGAUAAACUGUGGCGUGCAUUAAACUCUAGAAAGCUCCCCUAGCUCCCCUAGCUCCCCUGCAUAACAAGUUCAAUCGAUAGACUAGCCGUUGUCGGUAUUUCGUCUUGCCGGCAUGAGUCAACUGUAUUUGAUGUUGUCACUAUGGUAAACGGUCCGAUUCAGACCUUAUUUUUUAACCAAGUAGAGAAAUUCUUAUUCUAGUUCUACAUCAAAUUUAUUUAUUUAAAUAAACUCAACAAACAUGACCAACAUCGUCAUUUUUACUCUUGUAAAAUAAGGUUACAAAUUUCGUGAAGUUAUUUUGCACUUUGAAAAUCUGCAUGAUAUGAAAUUAUUUUCUUCAAUAGGGUCUCGCCUUUUUUCGCGUACAAACUGAAUUCUCUGACAAUUAGAGAAAUACAGUUUUGUGAAGCCUAUUGAUUUCAUCUUUUUUUUUCAAUUAGGUUUUUUCCGGUAUAUCGAUAAAAAUUUAUUCUGAAAAAUUCCCGAACAUAUACCUACUACGUUUAAGCAUAGAAAAUUCAUCAAAUCAAUCAUAGAUCAUGUGGCCAAUCACAAUAUAAAAUGCCUAAGUGCCAAACUAAUUUGAUUCAACUUUAAUAGAGAAUCAUAUAUCAAAUUUACAAAAAAAAAUUGUUUUUAAACGCCUUGGGCUUUAAGAAGGCUAAGAUUACUAACUUUUGUCAUAUCUAUUAAAAAAUAAGACAAUGAUUGUAUAAUAAAUGAAAUGCUUUGUUCAUGAAAGAACGUUUCUCACAUCAUUAUUUAUUACUAUCAUAACUAGUUUUAAAAAUAAUAGGGAACUAUGUAUCCGUCAAUAAAUUACACAGACACGUAUAAAUAGCUCAAAUUUAUUUCCAAUUUUAUAAAAAUCGAUUCUUUCUAUAAUAAAAACCACUUGCUAGAAAAUAAAAGUGUUUUGUACAUUUGUUUUCAUCAUGCAUUCUUUCCACCAAUUUUUUAUAUCUGUUCAGUUAUUUCAACAUUUGAAAACAUAAUUCUGUACUAAACCACCUCUUAAUUUUGAUUUUGUGUAAAACUCAUAGUUCAGCAGAAACAGAAUAAGUAUUACUGUAAUGUAAAAAAGCUUGUUGAAUAAAUCUAAAAUUGCAACUUGGUAUGAGUUAUUUCCGGAAAAAAAUUUAUAAUCGGAUUCAAUAGAAAAAUAUGCUCAAGCACAUCAAAUGAAAUAAAAAAAAGUAAUAUGAAAAGAGUUACUAAGAGUAGAUUUUAACAUAUAAAUUCUCUUGAGAUAACAAAUGAACUGUUUAAAAACAUCAUUUGGGAUGUAGACUUAUAGAAUUUUAGAAAUAUUGAAAGAUGUUUCCGUAGCUUCUACAAGUGCAUUGCUGAUGAGUACGUGUUACUAGAAACAAUGUACUGUGUCUGAAAAUAGUGUAUCUUAAGCUAAUGUAAAAUGUUUAUUAGUCCAGGAUUUUUUUCUCGUAUCUCGUGCAAGAGUGUACAGAAAUCCAAAAACAAGUGAAAUAAUAAACAAAUAGAGAGAAGUCGGGCGAACGUACUAUUUACUAUAACUGUGCCGUUUAGUAUUUAUAUUCAGAGCAAUCAAGUGCUACAAUUAGUAAUAUAAUCUCUACAGGUUGUGUAAAGAAUAAUUUUAUGCUAGUUGACCAUAUGAUGUGAAACAGAUUGACAAUCUUGUAGAAGCCUUUCUAAGUUUACUUUGAAUAGAUAUUCUGUGAAGUAACAUUGUUAACAUCUUUAAUACAGGAAUAAAAUCUCAGAAUAAACUUAA